AAUUCCGCGUUUCCUGGAACGCAGCAUCACUCUGGAGACAGGAACUGAGCUGCUGUUAAAAAGCAGGAUUAACUUCAGUCAGCUUUUGCCCCCCAAAACUCAAACUGUGUUGUAGUUUGUGUAUUUGUAAGCCUUGUCAGGAGAACCAGUCUCAAUAUAGGGGCGCAUUUAAGGACAUAGUUCAAGACAAAGUGGGGUUUAAAAAGACCGAAAGGUCAGCGAGUUGCUUGUUAGCUAGCAUGCUGCUUCCUCGUCGUAUCAGACUGCUCCUCAUUGAUUAACUGUCACCUCGUCAUGUCCGAGUUAAGAUGCCAGAAAUCUGAAACUUUAAAAGGGGAUGAUGAAGCGGAAAAAGAGCCAGAAAAUGAGCCAGAGAUGCAGGCAAAACCAUGUGCAGCUGUGGAUGCGGAGGAGGAAGAGGAGAAGGUGAAUGUGUCCAACAUGGAAGUAAACCAAGAUGAAGAGAAAGAUGCUAAACAUAAGCAGGAAAACCCAAGAAGUUCCAAACAAAGUUCCUCAGCCUAUUUGGUGCAGUGUCUGGUCCGGGUGGUCUUUGGAUGUAUGGCAGCUGUUGCCUGUGGAAUCCUUUAUGCUGCAUAUCUGUCUGCCUAUCAUGACAGGAAGUUCUGGUUUUCAGCUAAACAGGAGUUGGAGCGUGAAAUUUCUUUCCAGGGAGGCAGUGGGCUUUAUUACUACUACUACAAGCACAUGCUGUCUGCACCAUCCUUUGAAAGAGGGUUCUAUGAGCUGAUAAUGGAUAACAGGACUGUUGCGGGGCAGACGAUCAAUGCUGUGGAGCGUUUUUCUCUUUACCCAGAGCUCAUCACAAGCUUCCUCUACAGAUAUACUAACAGUCAGGAUUUAGUGGAACCCAUCUACUUCUACAUUGGAAUGGUGUUCUGCCUCCAGGCGCUGCACGUCACCGCCCUUUUUGUAUGCAGCUGGGUGCUGAGCGGCACCUGGGUGGCCGGCAUGUUGGCUGUGUCCUGGUACGUGAUCAACAGAACAGACACCACCCAGGUGGACAUCGCUGUUCCUCUGCGAGAGAACUGGGCCCUGCCUUGCUUCUCCCUUCAGGUUGUGGCGUUGACGGGAUUUCUGAGCAACAACAUCCGCUCUACCACUGAGAUGUUCUGCUAUCUUACCAUGAGUGCCACCACAUUCACCCUCCUGUUGAUAUGGGAACACGGUCACUACAUCCUCUUUGUUCAGGGACUCUGCCUGUUUCUGCUGGACUCUUUUGACCUGAUGCCAACAAGAAAGAUGGACGACAUUCAUAAAGUGUACCUCAGCUCCUUGCUCCUGGCCUACCUGUUCCAGUUUGAAAACACUAGCUUGCUCAGCUCGCCGCUGCUCAGCCUUCAGAUUGGUUCAGUGCUCGCGAGGUACUUCCAGCAAAAGAUGAAGAUUGGUCCUCUGGUGGCAAGAGUGAUGAAGCUCUUCCUGCAUUUCCACCUGGUCUUCUCUACCAGCAUCACCUAUAUUUAUUUAGUCAAGAAGCUUAUACCUGUAAGUGGGAAUGAUUUCAUAUUGAAGUUCCUUGAAGUCAAGUUUGGGCUCAACUCGACGACUGACUUUAUCACCAACUACCUUCUGUGCCAAAAGAGCCAUCAAGCACCCAGUCAGGAUUUAUUUCUUCGACUGACUCAGGCCUCAGUUCUUCCUUUCUAUCUCCUGGUGCUCGCCAUCUGCCUGCUCUCCACCCUGGAGACCAUUUACAGAAGACUCAGUGGUGAGCCGAUGAAGACCAGCCACAGUCUCAAAGAUGGACGGAUUGGAGAGCAGCCUCCAGUCAUCUAUCACGUCUUUCACUCCCUGUUUUUUGGGAGUCUGGCUCUGCUAUUUGAUGGGAUGAAGUAUUUAUGGACGCCGUACGUCUGUAUGUUCACUGCAUUUGGAGUCUGUUCUCCGGACGUCUUCAUGACCGUGUUUAAAUGGCUCAAGCUGAAGUCCAUGCAUCCUGUAGUUCUGGCUUUGAUUCUGAGCACAGCUGUUCCCACCAUCAUCGGUUUCAGUUUGUGGAGAGAGUAUUACCCUCGUGUCUUAGCUGAUUUGGGGGACCUGCACGAAGUCCAUGACCCAGACACGCUGGAGCUGAUGACCUGGAUCAGGUUGCACGCUCCGGCAGCAGCUGUGUUUGCGGGCAGCCCUCAGCUUUUAGGAACAAUAAAGUUGUGUUCUGGAUCAGCUGUUGCUAGUUUGCCUCUCUACACAGACUUCAACCUGUUGAAGAGGACUGAAGAUACUUACCAGGUGUAUGCGAUGAGAUCAGCCGAGGAUGUGUAUAAACUUUUGACUGCUCAGAAAACCAACUAUGUGAUCAUUGAAGAGUCCAUCUGUACAGAGUUAACGCGCAACAAGGGCUGCAGAGUCAAGGACCUGCUGGAUAUCGCUAAUGGACAUGUCAUCUUCGACCAAGAGGAGAUGUACUCUGUCUCUAAGCACGGACGAUUCUGCCACGAGAUCAAGAUGAACUACUCGCCCUACACUAACUACUUCACUCGGGUUUUCUGGAACCACUCGUACCACGUCUACAAAGUGAACUCUGUCAUCUCAUUCCAGUACUGACAGCAGCUCACUCGGCCUGGCUGUCUUAUGGCUGACGUGCGUCCUGAAGCUGCACUUUCCAACCAGCAGGGUGCAGCAGCCUGCCAUUAGCGUUCAUAAAUGGAAGGCUUGAAUAUCAAAUAUGCCACAUUAAUCACAGUACUGUAGUUAGAUAAACACAUUUAAAGCCGCCUGUGUUUAUCACUACUCUUCCUUUUAAGGUCAAAAACUUAGUGAAUAUUUGUUGUAAUGGUAUGUGCUUUUGGUGGCAAAUUUCCUGACAUCUCACAGCAAUUGCGUUCGGGUAAAAUGCACAUUUAGUAAAUUACACAAACUGCUAUGUAGCUCCUUCGCCUCUUAUAGUGCGGAGAAAAAUGCUAUGCUAAUUUAGUGUUAAGUCAAGGAGGUCUUUGGAGCUGUUUUGUAGGAUAUAUUUAGAUUUUUUUUAAUUCUCAGGUGAUGUGAAGCUACAACGUGAGUGGAACACAUCUCUGAAACUCUCUGUGAAGCCUUAAAAAAAGCCAAUGGAGGCCUGAGGUGGACCUUAAGGUCUGCCAGUUUCCAUGCUUCUGUUGUGCAUGCUCCUCUAAUUUUUAAUCUAAAUGGUUCCAGUAUUUCAUUUCAAUCAGUUAUUUUUUAUUUAGUCAUACCAGCUGUUUAAAAGCCACCUUCAUCAGCUUCUUGCGUGCCUUUUUGUUAGUUUUACAACAAUGGCUGGUUUUGAUGUGUCGCCUGUCUACAUAACAUUUUAUCACUAUAAUAGAUUAUUUUCAUUUUAAUUUCUCAGGUUUGGUCAUGGUGCAAUAAAAGUAUUAACUUUGGAGAACCAAAUUUUACAAGUUUUACAGAGAAAAAAUACAACGAACAGGAUUGGGUGUCUUUUGUAAAGAUAUUAUAAGAGUGUUGCAGGUUUUACUCAUUUUUGUCAUUUGAUUCCGGACACGAUUCUCAUACAGUGCAUGUGUCAUGUUCUUUCAAAGGUUGCUUCCUUUGAAAAAUGUUUGGAUUUUCCUUUUUAAAUGAUCUGCCAAAAGUAGGGAGAUUCAUUAGAUAUUCUAUGCUAAAGCAAUGCAUGGUUGAUCAUUUUAACAGGGUGGGUGGGGAAUGUUUUGGUAGUUUUUAAAUGUUUGUCAGCGAGUGGAAUCCCAACUCUAACAGUAAUGGUUUCUGCUGGCUUUUGUCCAUCAGCUGUCGUCGCUGCUGCUCUCUGUUUGCCUUAUAGUCAUGUGAAGAAAUUAGGACACCUCAAUCUUAAUUUUUUUUUUUUUCAUAUAUCAUCUUAUUAUGAAAAGUGUGUAAAACAGGAAGUGAUUUUGAUUUGACAAAAAAAAAAAAAAACUAAAACAUUAUGAUUAUUUUACUCAUUGAAAAAAAAAUCAUUUAAUGUAAGUCAAAGGUUGACCCUCCUGCCUCCUAUUAGCUAUUUUUACUCCUUUGGAUGAAAUUACGUUUAUUGAGACACUUGUGCAACAUCUACCAGUCCCUUAAAUGUGUCGGAAGUGUCUAAAUUUAAACAUAAGCUGAAAUUAUGUUCUUUUGAAAUGAUUAAAGUUUUAAAUAGGCUUGAAAUGUUUUCAAUAUCAAGUUAUAUCACUUUGGUGUCCUAAUUUUUCACCUGACUGUAUGUUUAAUGGUUGCUGCUCCUGUGUCUUUGUGGAUUUUUUUUUUCUCUUGUGAAGAUGAUUUUCUGCUCACUACUGCUGUCUUCAGUGUUUGACGACACAACAUCUGGGGUGCUGUCAUGUGAAUUUACAACUGUUACCUUUUUUCCCCUCCCAGAAUAGAAAUGAAUCAAAAGCUUAUUAAAACA